ACUGUCCAGUGCUCGAGCGCUGCUUCACUGCUCCAUCACUUCAUUGACUGCUCCUCCGCGUCUCAAUGUAAAUUCAUGAUCUCGGCGACCGUUUCGGUCGCCCUUUCUAGUACACGAACUCUGUUUUGUAACUCCCUCGUCUCGUCGAAACACCUUUGUUUUUUAUCAGCCAGAAAACUUCCAAGCAGCCGUGGGCAACUUUUCGUCGCGCUCUGAGGUGAAGAAUGCAUUAGCUCGCUCUGCUAGCAGCAGCUUUCUUCGUCUUUCCAGCAUCUAGCGCUGCAUUUCAGGGGGGGUUUGUAAUGUUUUUCCGUGUCUCCAGUCGUGAACUAACCCACAUGGAUUAACUGGAUGGUUUCUAUCCCUCGUAAAUGAAAGGAAAAUAACGGAAAGAUUCAGUAUAAGUGCCUGAGCUGUGGUGAGGAUGAGCAGCAAGCGGAGUUUGUUUGUGCGGCUGGUGCCGUGCCGCUGCCUGCGGGGCGAGGAGGAGACCGUCACCUCGCUGGACUACUCGCAUUGCAGCCUGGAGCAGGUCCCGAAAGAGAUCUUCAGCUUCGAGAAGACCCUAGAGGAGCUCUACCUCGACGCCAACCAGAUCGAGGAGCUGCCCAAACAACUUUUCAACUGCCAGUUGCUCUACCGAUUGAGUCUACCGGACAACGAUCUAACGGUGUUGCCACCGGGCAUCGCAAACCUCAUCAAUCUCAGGGAGCUCGACGUCAGCAAGAACAGCAUCCAGGAGUUUCCUGAAAAUAUCAAGAACUGUAAAGUCCUGGCCAUCGUAGAAGCCAGUGUGAACCCUAUAUCAAAACUCCCAGAAGGCUUCACGCAGCUCCUCAGCCUGACCCAGCUCUACCUGAACGACGCCUUCCUAGAGUUUCUGCCAGCCAGUUUCGGCAGACUAACCAAGCUGCAGAUCCUGGAGCUGCGGGAGAACCAGUUAAAGAUGUUGCCAAAGAGCAUGCAUAAGCUCACACAGCUGGAGCGCUUGGAUCUGGGCAGUAAUGAGUUCACUGAAGUGCCUGAAGUGUUGGAACAGCUUACAGGAAUCAGAGAGCUGUGGAUGGAUGGAAAUAAGCUGACCUUUUUACCCGGGAUGAUCGGGGCCCUGAAGCAACUCUGUUACCUGGACGUGUCCAAAAACAAUUUGGAGAUGGUUGACGAGCAGAUAUCUGGCUGUGAAAACCUGCAGGAUCUUCUGCUGUCCAACAACGCUUUGACGCAGCUGCCAGGGUCUAUAGGCUCACUGAAACGACUGACCACUCUGAAAGUGGAUGAUAACCAGCUCAUGUACCUGCCUGACACGAUUGGCGGACUCACGACUCUGGAUGAGCUCGACUGCAGCUUCAAUGAGAUCGAGGCGCUGCCGUCCACCGUCGGCCAGUGUGUAAACCUGCGUACGCUUGCGGCAGAUCACAACCUGCUCACACAGAUGCCUCCCGAGAUGGGCAGUUUGAAGAACGUCACCGUCCUCUUCCUGCACUCAAACAAGCUGGAGACUCUGCCGGAGGAGAUGGGCGACAUGCAGAAACUCAAGGUCAUCAAUCUCAGCGACAACAAGUUGAAGAAUCUUCCGUACAGCUUCACUAAACUCAACCAGAUGACCGCGAUGUGGCUGUCUGAAAACCAGUCGAAGCCUCUCAUUCCCCUGCAGAAGGAGGAGGAUCCGGAGACGCACAAGACUGUACUCACCAACUACAUGUUUCCUCAACAGACCCGAACGGAGGACUAUGUGCCCAACUCAGACAGCGAGAGCUUUAACCCGUCUCUAUGGGAGGAGCAGCGUAAGCAGCGGGCGCAAGUGGCGUUCGAGUGUGACGAGGACAAGGAUGAGAGAGAAACGCCCCCGCGGGAGGGCAAUCUAAAGCGAUACCCCACGCCGUAUCCUGAUGAACUGAAGAACAUGGUGAAAACAGCUCAGUCCGUGGCUCACAGACUCAAAGAGGACGAGUCCGGUGACGAGGCAGGAAAAGAGACCAGGACCAGCGAGAGGAACCAUAUCGGAGUGCAGGAUGUUGGAGUGAAGGUGAUUGAAAGUCCCUGCACUAAUGGCAAAGCUGUUGAUAUGGAGCCUAAAGCGACAAUGAACAGUCAUCAAAAUUAUGAGCCAAUAGAUGAAUUAGACAACCACAGCACUGAAAGGAUCCCUCUCAAGACCUCAGACAACAUGAGAACGAUGGUGAACCAUGAUGACACCCUUGAGGACUCCGAGGAGCUGUCAUCCGAGGAGGAGGAAAUGAAGAUAGCUGAGAUGAGACCUCCACUCAUUGAAAUUUCCAUUAACCAGCCUAAAGUAGUGGCCCUCAGCAAGGACAAAAAAGAUGAUGGAAAGGAUGCUGACUCUUUGCUGGAUGAAACAGUGGCCAACAGUAACCAGAACAACAGCAACUGCUCUUCACCCUCACGCAUGUCUGAUUCAGUGUCCUUGACCACAGACAGCAGUCAGGACAACUCUCUCUGCACCCCAGAGAGAGAGUCAAAGAUGCCACUCGUCCCCAAGAAUGGACAAAAGGAUGAAAACCUCAACCAGCUUAAGCAGAUGACCCCUCUACUUCAAAACUGUAACGGGUCUGAGACAUCCCUACAGACCAUCCUGAAGAACCAGCAGAGCUACGAAAGCAAGUCAGACCAGAUGGCCGACUACAGCCUCUCCAUGGAGGAGAGGCUUGCCCUCAUUGAAAAGGGCAUAAACAAUGGCGUGGCAGAGCAGUACACCAAGUGGGAUCAGAUCAACAUGAACGUGGCCAAACUCCCACCUGACAACAUGGUGUCGUAUGAAGACCUGGAAAGAACCAAAAGUUCCUCAGCUAAGGAGUCCAUGUCAAGCAACAACAAUGCCAUGGUGUCACUCGAGAACCUUGAGAAUGGCAAUCGGAUUCAGAAAACCCACUCUGGAGAGAAUUUCAAUGGCCGGACGGAUCAGGUUCCCUUGCGGUACGAGUCUACGAGGACCGUCUCGACAGGUGUAACGGCCUUGAGCGACAUGAGUCUUUCUCGUAGUACGGAGGAGUUAUCACCAGAGAAGAAAUGUCCACCGGCCCCAGUGGUGAAAUCUCAGAGCAUUGCCAACAUGGACGGUGGAGGGAUGAAGCUGUACUCCAUUGAGGGAGAAAGCCCGCCGUACGAAGUGGCAUGUGCAACCAGAACGUCCGUAAGUGGCGCUCAAGGCCAGAGCAUCGUCCGCUCCAAAUCCGCCUCCUUGCUCAAUGACCAGCCGUUGCAGAUCUACCCUGGUUCAUCUGCAUCAUCCUCUGACCUCUUAACCAGCUCCAAACCUCAGAUUAGCAGCACCCGCUACCCCACUGGCCCCCCACCGCAGUACAACAUCCAGUACGCCAGUAGCACUGUGCCCAAAGAUAACUUGUGGAGCCAACGUACCCCUGUACCACCCGAGCAGCCCUACCUGCCACCGCAGCACUCCCUUGCCAACACCAACUACUCCAACCGCAACAACGCCCCCCCAUAUCCCCAGCCCCAACAACGUGGCCCGCCCAAGACCCCGGACAUGUGGGCCAAGGAAAGGAUGCUGCCACCUGUUGGUCAGCGGGGCACCUUGCAGAGACAAGGUAGUGGAUCCUCUGGCACCAGCAUGUGCAUGCCGGACCCACGUCGUAUGCCAGGAAUGGAAGGAGAUUACAUGACCUACCGGGACAUUCAUGCAGCAGGCCGUGGGCCACUACAGAUGAGCCAGGCUCUCCACAGACCAUUGUCGGCCCGCACAUACAGCAUGGAUGGACCUAAUGCCCCCCGGCCACAGAGUGCCCGUCCCCCACCUCACGAGCUUCCAGAGAGGACCAUGUCCGUCAGCGACUUCAACUACCAGCACGGCAGCCCCAGCAAGAGACCCAGCAUGAGGGUGAAAUCGGAGCAUUCGUUGCUGGACGGGCCAGUCAGUGGAGGUGGCAGAGUUCCAGCAGACUGGAGGGAUCAGGUCAUGAGACACAUCGAAGCCAAGAAGAUGGAGAAGAGCGCUCUCUCUCGGUCUUUGGCCACUCUCACUGGCAGUCAGAGCUCUCUGGCCUUUAGCGCUGUAGACGGAUGGCAGAUUGGAGCCCAUGGGCCCAGCGAUGAUGUCUUCAGUCCUCACGGACAACAGGGCUACCAUAUCGACACUCUUAGAAAAGUGCCUUUGAUGAACGGCCAAAUGUGUCCUCCUGUGAGAUCUCCCAUGAGCUGCGGUCAGCCACCGAUGGCGCGUCACCCCUCACGAGAGCAGCUCAUCGAUUAUCUGAUGCUUAAAGUGUCCCAGCAGCCCCCGGGCCCUCCACGGGUCCCACACGAGACCCUGCAGCAGGAGCUCCAUGUGAAGAUUGAGAAGAAUCCUGAGCUGGGUUUCAGUAUAUCAGGAGGAGUGGGUGGACGUGGGAAUCCCUUCCGCCCAGACGACAACGGCAUCUUCGUGACGAGGGUUCAAUCAGAGGGACCUGCUUCAAAACUCCUUCAACCUGGAGACAAAAUCAUCCAGGCAAACGGAUACAACUUUGUUAACAUCGAUCAUGGGAACGCAGUAUCCCUCCUGAAGACGUUCCCCAACACCGUCGACCUGAUCAUCAUCCGAGAGCUGGCCGCAUAACAUGAAACCGAACGAGCACCGUCUUAUUUUUGUAUCGAGAGGAGCCAGUGCUAUAUAUAGUUAAUCUGAACGGGACGAUGCUUGACCGUCGGUGAAGAGGGGCGAAACCACUGACUCCAGUGGACGACAGAAGCAUGCGCCUUCACUGUGGGAUAGUCUGUUGGCGCAGUCCAACCGAUACCUGUGCUUUUUUUUUGUACAAAUAGUUUCUUUUUCUUUUUUUUAAGACUUCACCUGGGUGUAGAGCUCUUGUGGGACAUUAGCUGUAGCUGAGCGUUCGAGGGCAGGGCUCUCUGUCACAACUCACUUGUUUUUUUAUUGUUUUAAAGAGAUUUUUAAACCACUUUUAUGACCUGUGUGAGAUUCUGAGCUAGAAGACGAUGCUACGUGCUAACUGUGGUAAUGAAUGUAGAACUGGGAUGAGCUAAACCGAACUGGAUGUGAAAUCUAUUGGCCUGGUGGUCACCGUUUGUCCCUCAAUCUUGGAUGAAAAACUCAUUUCGCUCUUCUAGUCUUCACAACUUGAUCAGAUUCCUGCAACUUUUCCUUCAACGUCCGCGAGUCUCUUCCUACAAACUUCAGCCCACCAGUAAGGAUGUGCCGAAAUGCUCCCUGCACGUGAAACUUGGACGGGAAAGCGAUGAGGAACUUCCAUGAUGAUUUUGAAAGCGAAAAGUUUUGCGAAAAGACAGAAAGUGGUUCUUAACCAAAGCGUAUUGGGACACUGGCGGCAUGAAACUGCUCAUCUUUCUUCUGCAACCGAUUCCGAUGCCACCGAACUAACCCGAAGCGCUCGCGUGUGAAUUUUCUUCUUUUAAUUUCGUUUUGGAGUUCACGAGAACGGUUUUCUAUUCUGUGAAGAAGAUUGUAGACGUGAUAUUUUAUUCUCUUACGAAAGCGUUCUAACAUUUGACUAACGGUGCAGUCACGGACGUUUGCGGUUGACGGCUUCGAGAAACGACAUGACAAGUGCCAUAGACCCUGAACUGUCCGAAAUGGGUUCGACCCAGAGCAAUACUCAUUCAGAUCCACGCCGCACAUUCGGAGGCCUUACCGGGCUGACGUAUGAGAAAGUGGGCGAAAGAGCAAUAGAAAGUCCUUUAUUCCAUUCGCAGGAUGCAGUUGCGUUUUUUUACAAGUAACGAAUCCCAUUUAGUAUUUCUCAAUUGAAGAGCAUUUUAUAUUAUAAAUCUUUUAAAGACUAAAACAUAGGAAAUGGCAUUUCAGAUUUUUUUGUAAAAAAAAAAGUUCGUAAAUGUGCGAAUGAAUGUCCCGUCACGUCACAUUAUAGCGAUUGCACUGCUGUUUCCAAACACCCCAUUGAAUGUGGAUGCAUCGACUUCUUCAAUAGCAAAGAGAUUUGGAAAUCUACGAAGCUUCGUAAAAAGUAGUCACGACAAAAGGCCAUGAAAGAUUUUGCCACGUCUGCGUAUGAGGUGAACGACCUACUGUGGAUUGUAGUACUGUGUGUAUUAUUUGCAUGAAAUUCCUCCUUUUGAUCAUUCUUCGCUGUAUUUUUCGGUGGACUGGAGUGCUAAAUGAAUCAAAGUAAUCGAAUUAACAUACUGAUAAUGUAACGAAUCCACAAUUAAAUGUGAGUGUUCACCAAUUUAACGACAACUCAAAAAAAUGUAUUCGUAGUUGAAUUCAGAUUUGUUUUUUGCGCAUUUUAAUUCGCAUUGACCCCCUCAAAGUAUGUUAAAAUAAGCGUCGAGUCAACUUUAUGAAUUGGAAAAGCGUUUGUUUUUAAAAAAGAAAUUUAAAGUACGCCCUCCAACUUUGCUGUGAACGAUUCAUUCAACACGAUGUUUUUGUGAACACUGUUACUUCUGUUUUGUCACCGAUCAGUCUAGCGUAGAAUCCUUGACUGUCACUUUUUUAUUUUGUCUGCGAAGACAUUGUAAAAACGUAAUAACGAACAGUGACUAAAAACAACUGGUGUUUUUUUUAUCGUCCCACCUUUUAUUUAUUUAGUACACUUUACUUUAGAUUACUAAUCAAAAUGUAAAUACUUUUUUAAAAGGUUUAUGAUUUGUUCAUGGCAUUAGUGAUUGCGUUUUUAAAACCAGCAAUAAUUUGCAUCACAGACGCAGCCCUUUUAAUGUAUAGCUAUGUCAAAGGUUUCUCCGCAAGCAGCUACUAUUACGAUGAUUGGUAUGCAUUUAUUCAACAUUCCAGAUUUUGUAAAUAAAUGGACUUUCCAUGGUGUCCUGUGGAAAGAAUAAAUCAACUAAUGCUCUUUCAA